AUGCCCCCGCCACCCUUGCAUUCAUCGUCAAGCAAAGCUACGGAACAAAGUAGCCGUAUCAUAUGGGCUCCAUCAAUCCCCUCCAUCGAUUGGAGCGAGCUACAUCAGACCAUCUCUACCCGUGGUAUCUUGGCACAAGCGUCCAGGUUCAGGGAGGGAAAAAGCUGUACUUUCGUUUUUGAAUCUGAUACGAAACCGUUUUCAGGCAGCCAAUCCAUUAUUUUUGUGGUUGGGUACGCAGACAGCAUUAAGUACGCAUUUCGGCUCCCUUAUCAUCUCAGAAAAUCUAAGAACCGCGACCGCCUCUUAUCCAAUGAGCUAGCACAAUGGGAGGCUUUCAUACAAAGCCGCAUUCCUCUGGUACCCCGAGUGGUUGGUUAUAGCUUGUCGAUUGACAAUCCAAUCGGCUUCCCUUUCAUUGCCUAUGAGUGGGUUGAAGGAAAACCACUGGUUUGGAACGACUAUGAAACCGCAAAAUACAUCUAUGUCGCUGAGGCGAUCGACCGUAAGAUCAAGCGAGUCCUGAAUGGACAGCUCCGUACGGCGAAACUUGUGGACUGCCUCCGACAGCGAAGCCUUAUCCGCAAGUACAUGAUCCCCGAGCUUGAUAGCUCGCCGUGGGUUAUGGUUCAUGGAGAUCUUUCCGGGACAAACAUCAUCACAGACACCGAAUAUAAUGUUUCUGGAAUUAUCGACUUGGGCUUCGCCGAAUAUGUUCCAUUACAAUUUGCAGCAUUUUUCCCGAGGAUCCUCGAUCACCAAUCAUACCAGGAUCAAGAUGAUAUUGAUAUUGCGCCAGAGCUAUCCGAUGACCCUGAGUCCUCACUGGUCUGGCGGAGUAAAAACUCCGAAACGCCGCGAUCGCCAAAUAUUUCUUGAAACAGUAAAGAGCCUGUGCGCCACGCACGGGGAAAUCUGUCAAUCUUUCUACCGUGUCCUUAACUCGAAG